UGUUCUCUCCUCUCCACUCCUCUCUUUUGCAGCUAGACCCUUCUCCUGUCCUAUGCUCUACCCUCUCCCCUUCUACAGCUGGAUGCCUCUCUUUCAGAGCAGCUUAGGGUAGAGACUUUUCUUGCCCACUUCUCUCCUAUCUUUUACAGCUAUCUUUUAGAGUUUACAGUUUGACUUAGACGCUUGUCCUUUUUCAACCUACCUCUGUUCUCCUGUCUUUUGCAGUUAGACACCUUUCCUCUCCUUUUAGAGUAGCUUAGGGUUUGACACCUGCCUUUCCCAUUUGUAGUUGGACACCUCUCCUCGCACUUCUCUUAAAGUAGCUUGGAUUUUAAUUGACACCUCCCCACUUCUCUCCUCGACUUUUAAAGUUGCAGUUUGAGUUAGACAACUCUCCUCCCUCCUCUCUCGCCUCUUCUCUCUCUGUUUGGAACUAACCACGUCAGGAUCACAGGAUCCCCUAUUUCCCUCUCUGUGCUGACUGGCUCUCCCCACCUGCCACUCUACGUGCUCAUUGGCUGUCCUCCGUCUGCCUCUGCGUGUGAUUGGCUGCAGCCAUGUCGAACCUGAACGUGACGCUGGCCUACUUCCUCUCUGUGAUGGGCCUGAGUGCUGUGGUUGGUGCGUGGCUGCGGCGUAAGGGCGGGCGGUGGGCGUACCUAGCGCAGCUCCCCGCCUCAUUGGCCCUGGCCUCCUGCCGUCUCGAGUGCCGAUUGGUGGAGGAGCUGGGCGGCUGGGCUGGGGGGCUGGGCCCCGAAGUCAUCCUCUCCGUCCUCUUCAUCACGCUAUUGGCCCACGGCCUCUGCUUCCCCGUCGCCGAUGGCAACCCCAGCUCCUCCCUGCAGGAGAUGCUCCUCGUGCGCUCCUCCACCUCCUCCACACUGCUCAGCAUCCCGCUGCAGCUAGGUGGCGCUUAUCUGGGCCUGAUGCUGUCUAAGGCCUACUGGGCCCUGGAGCUGAGUGACAUGCACAUGCUCCGUAGCCUGAUGGGAGACGAGUGCUCCUCCUCACUGAAAUCCUCACUUCUACUGGGUUUCGCGUGUGAGAUGGGCACAUCCCUCACGCUGCAUCUGCUCGUGCUGUACACACUCAAGAGACACACUCUCAUCAGAGUCCCCCUCGUCGCAUUCACACACACCCUGCUCACACACGCAGCAAGCAGCUACUCAUCUGGGUUGGCUAACCCAUCUCUGGCAUAUGCUGUCACCUUCUACUGCCCCGGCUUCUCUUUCCUGCAGUACGCCCUCGUCUACUGGACAGCGCCCCUCUCUGGCAUGGCACUAGCUGUGUUCCUGUACAUGGGACACAUCCCCAAGUUGUUCAGCCGGAACCUGCUGUACUCCCAGAAGGGACGCUUCCGCAUCCCCAAGAAGAAGGAGUCUGGAGAGGCCAGAGAGAAGAGCAGCUGAACACACACACACACACACACACACACACACACACACACACACACACACACACACACACACACACACACACACACACAUGAACCCAUGCACAUACACACAUGCAGAUACACACAUGAUUGCUACGUACCUAUACACAUACAACACAAGGCAUUUGUUUGCUACUCAUGAUUUAAUCUUUUUUAUAUCUUUUUCACUUGUAUGAGAAGAUCUGAAACAAUAAAUGACAAGACAUGAAGUGAAGUGAAUGAAGUUGAAUUUGCAUCAAAUGUAUUAUUCAUUUAUUCAAAUUUAUUCGCAACCCCUUGUCCUACUAUAGGUUAGGCUAUGUCAUAUUGUCAUUACUGUUGAUUGUCAGUUAUCACCCGUCUGUACAAAGAGGCUACAGGCAGCACAGCGAGAGUCAUAAUAGCCGGCUGCAGGGGGCAAGCAGACAUUCCUCAGACAGACAGACCAGGGGUGAUAGUGAAAAAAAAAAUCCUGAGCCUGAACUUUUUUCCUUGCUCUAACGACGACGACAAGAUACUGCAUAGAGAUUUUGACACAUUAUUCAAACAUUUAAUAGCCUGUGUAUGACCAUUAUUCAAGCCUGAUAGCAGAAGAAAACCCUGAACCUGUAACACUUUCUGAGAGAAGAAUAACCUAAUGGCUAAUUAUUAUCAAUGUUUUUAUUUUUGCAAACUCUAUCAAGCUUGAAAUCAGGCAUGGAGCCUGAAUACUAUCAGCCCUGAGACAGACAGACAGAAAAGUGGAGGGAGAGAAGGUCACAGAGUCACUGGGGAAAAUAAAAUGUGAGGGUGAAACCUCUUGGAUGUUUAAUGAAACGUACUUUGUUCCUC